AAACGAAAUCUUGGCAGUCGUGUGGGGAAAUCAUUCACGAUCAGUCGAAUACGUGUAUCUAAUAGCCCUUCGGAUGAGGACGACGAUGAGGACGACGAGGAUGAUUUAAUCUCGGACGAUGAGGACAAUUUGAAACUGUGGUCCAUUUCGUCCCAGGAGUCUAAUCAUUCAACCCCGGGACAAAUUGAACGUGGUCCUCUCAGACUUGCUGGAAUUAGUCAAUCGGGUCAGGAAUUCCGGAAGUCAUGUGCUUCCCUGAAUGACAGCGAACUGACAAUCCGCGGAAUCGGGUUCAAUUAG